CGGAAGCUCGCGACUUCAGCUCAUCAGCGUCGCGUACCUCUACUUAGCCCUCUACGUGUCUGUCCGUUAUUUCACUAAACGCUCAAUGUAAAGAAUUAUUUAGCUAAACAAUCUAUUUUUAAAGCAAUGAGCCACUUUAAAUAGCAUUUCGAGCCUAAAUUCAUGUGGAAGAUUACAGCUAACUGCUGUGACGAUGAGGAGGCUGAACAAGAAGAAAGCCCUGAACUUUGUAAAGGAGUUGGAUGCUUUUCCCAAGGUUCCUGAGAGUUAUGUGGAGACAACAGCCAGUGGAGGAACCGUGUCUGUGUUGGCCUUCACGGCGAUGGCACUCUUGGCCUUCUUUGAGUUCUUUGUGUAUAGGGAUACAUGGAUGAAGUACGAGUAUGAAGUGGAUAAAGAUUUUACUAGCAAACUACGAAUUAAUAUUGAUAUUACAGUUGCCAUGAGGUGCCAAUUUGUUGGUGCAGAUGUAUUGGAUCUCGCUGAGACGAUGGUGGCAUCUGACGGCCUGCAGUAUGAACCCGUUGUUUUUGACCUUUCUCCUCAGCAGAGAAUCUGGCACAGAACACUUUUGCUCAUUCAGGAACAUCUGCGUGAGGAACAUUCACUCCAAGAUGUUCUGUUCAAGAAUGUCAUGAAAGGCGCCCCCACUGCUCUCCCACCCAGGGAAGAUGACCCCACACAGCCUCUAAAUUCCUGCCGGAUUCAUGGACACCUCUAUGUUAAUAAAGUAGCAGGAAAUUUCCACAUCACUGUUGGCAAGGCCAUCCCCCACCCUCGAGGUCAUGCUCAUCUAGCGGCCCUGGUCAGCCAUGAGACAUACAACUUCUCCCAUCGGAUAGACCAUCUGUCAUUUGGAGAGGAAAUACCAGGCAUAUUAAAUCCACUAGAUGGCACAGAAAAAGUGUCCGCAGAUCAUAAUCAGAUGUUCCAGUACUUUAUUACCAUUGUGCCCACAAAACUGCAGACAUACAAGUUGUCAGCGGACACACACCAGUAUUCAGUCACUGAACGGGAGCGAGUGAUAAACCACGCAGCGGGGAGUCAUGGGGUUUCGGGGAUCUUUAUGAAGUAUGACAUCAGCUCUCUGAUGGUAAAGGUGACAGAGCAGCACAUGCCCCUAUGGCAGUUCCUCGUGCGCCUUUGUGGCAUCAUAGGAGGCAUUUUCUCAACAACAGGAAUGCUACAUGGUCUGGUUGGCUUCUGCGUAGACGUGGUCUGCUGUCGGUUUAAACUAGGCGUUUACAAGCCAAAGACUAUGAGUGUUUUUGAUGGCCACAUGAACAGCCUGACGCCACUUCUUUCUGAGAACGCCGAACAAUAGCCGGGCUCUUCUACUCACCACGUUUUUUAAGAUCGAUUCAGUUAAUACAUGAUAUUGAGGUUGACUGUCAUGUGUUACUGUAAAGACCCAACUGCACUGACACAAUAAACAUUAUACAGAAAAUUUAGAUUGGUGCAAAAAUCGAUGAAUUUAAAUGAUUGGACAGCUUUUUUUUUCUUUCUUGCAAAAAGAUUCUUGCAUAAAAGCUUGUUAAUGUUACUGCAUUCAUGAAAACAUCUUAUAUUUUUAUUAAAAUAUUUCUAAAUACAGGCAUUUAAAUUAUAAUUUGAUCGUCUUCGUUUGCAUGAAAUACUCUCUUUAAAAAGUGCAGAUCUGACUAUCUGACAAUUUAGUCUCGGGCGAACUGGCUUUUCAUACAAUCUUAAAAUAUGCACAUUUCAGACACGACCCAUUCACGACAGUAUUAGCAUCUGGCUGGGAUGUUUGUAAUGAUUGUUCCCAGUCAGAGCUGAGAUCUCCACCUCAGGAAAGAUCGAUUAUUUUCUAUUCAUAUGCAUUUUAAGCGAUUGUGUGAAAUAAUUCAUUUAAAAGUAUGUUUUGCAUAAAGCAUAAGCAUUUGUUCUGAUGUACUAAAUCAUUUCCCGCAUUAUAUUUACAUGAUUAUAGAUCACACUGUUGAUGCAGACUCUUGAGCUAAAGCCUUUUCUAGUUUGAUUAGUGUCCCUGCUGUAAUUAAAUCAGAAAAGGCAAAUCAUAAAUUACAGUCACGUCCAGUCCUGUUGGUGUAUUUUGCUUAGUUUAUAAAUUUCAACAUGACAUUCCCCAGGAUUGGGACGUUUUCUUCCCUAUUAUUCAGCGUGUCUUCUGAGAGUCCAAAUAAAAACACUUUCUUGUGCACCUGCA